GAAUGAGAUGGAAAGACACUUUUUGGAGCUGCUGCAGUUCAAUAUCAAUGUUCCUGCCAGUGUUUACGCCAAAUACUACUUCGACCUACGCUCCUUAGCAGAUGAUAACAACUUGUGCUUCCUGCUGGAGCCGCUCAGUAAAGAACGAGCACAGAAAUUAGAGGCUAUCUCCCGGCUGUGUGAGGACAAAUACAAAGACUUGUCAAAAGCUGCUAUGAGACGGUCCUUCAGUGCCGAUAACCUAGUUGGCAUUCACCGUUCUAACGCCAUCCUCUCUUGAUCAAGAAGGAAAGCCACAACACUGGCACCAGCAUCCUUACAAGUGGAACCACACUUUGACUCCCAGCUUCACCAGUCAGCAGCGAUCGUGACUUUCACAUGGAGGACGGGGUGAGCAAAUACGCCAAGGAAGUUCAGAGCUGGAGGAGGAGUUUAAUUCCAUAGGGAAGAAAAGAAGGAGCCUUGUCAAAGGGGGAACACUCCCUUUAAAAUCCAGAGGUGCAGAAACUUUUGAUGAGUCUUUUUUUCCCCUUUUCUCCAAACUAAUCUCCUCAAUCCAGAGAUGUUUGCUUACUAUGUAGGCCUAUAGCUGUGAGCUCUCUGCAUUUUAAAUAAUGACUAGUUUUAAAACUUAGACUUUGAACAUUAACAACACAGUCACAAUGUUCUUUCCUCCUCAGUAACCCAGGACCCAACUGCAGUUGCCUUUCCAAGUCAGUGCAACAACCUUCAUGCUAAUACGGCGAAACGUCACUCUGGAACUGACGCCGUGGCAUUAGCAAGCAAAGAUUUCUCUUGUCUUUCAGUACGCACACUUCCAACUUCCCUAAUUGUUUGUACACUGGUGGUCAAUUUGGGGCAAGGAGUUGCUGAGUAGUAUCUGCUAAGGGUAAACAAAAUCUCUUCGUUUGAGGUUGUCAGAGCAAAAGGAAAUGGUAGGGGGAGGAGAGGAGGAGCAGAGGAAGGAUGUUCUGCAUUUGCUAGUAAGUAAAGAAGUGGUUCGGGGUCUAUUUCUUGUCAGUUUUGGUGCAUCUUAUAUAUUCCUCGUCAAGCUGUGGAAGAGACAGAAUUCAUAAUACACUUUCUUUUCUUGAAGUGCUGAAUAGAGUUGCCCUGGAAUCCCUAAGAGAUGAGUUGACUUGUUGAUGAGCUACUUGGCUGAAUUCUUCCAGUACAAACACAAAAUAUAUAACUGCUUUUAUUAUAUGCUUCCAACUAGCUUUAAAUUCCACUGUCAAAACUCUGGUCCUGAUGAGGGGAGAUACGGUUGUUCUCAAUUGAUAAAAUGGAUUAUUUUUCCUUAGAACCUAGCAUUUUUUUUUUAUUAUCUUUGUUCUGAAGUAAAAUUAUAUCGGCUUUUCCUAAAUUUGCUCUUUUAAGAACAGAAAUUUGAAAGAAAUAGAAUUGUUCUUUUUAAGAACGGAAGACAUAUUCUCAAUUUACAGACCUUCACAAUUCUGGGUCACAAUAUCUAAGUGGUUUUGUACUUUAAAACUUCCCACUGGACACUGCUUCUUACAGUUUUGAUUCUUUUUUUUGUCUAUUUAAUUAUGAAACCAAGCUUGCUUCUUGAGUGGUUCAGCAGCACUCAAAUUGUUAGUCUUCAUUACAGUAUUUUAAUCUACCAGCCCCAGUCUGUGGCAUCAGGUAUUGAUUAUAAUUCAACUUUGAAAUAAAUGCUACAUCUUCAGGUGGCUUCCCUUUGUCAUGUUUGUAUUAAAAAAAAAAGAAGAAGCUAAUAAUAAACUCUAUUUUAAUUAA